UCUUUGCUUAGUAGGGUUCUUGGCUUCGUGGUGUGGGGGAGGGGAGAGAGAGAGAGAGAGAAUGGCGGACAACUUCUCCAGCGAGGAGAGAGCAACGCCGGAAGCCGGUUCCGAGGAAAAGAAGGAAAAUGACGGGGACGACUUCCGUGAGCAGAUGGGAUCCGCAGCGCAGGAGAGGGAUUCCGAGGAAAGAGGGGAGGAGAUGACGCCGUGGGAGCAACACUCGUCAGUAAUCAGCAUUCCCCGCUUCGAUUACGAGGCCCCCACCGCCAUUCUUGAGCACUCCCAUUCUGGUUUCCUCGUCACCUGCACCAUCAAACGGGAGAAAAGUGCCACUAAAGAAGCCAUUGCCCUCCUUGAAAAGCAUAUCAAUUCAACAAGCAGCACAUAUAGUCUAAAGCAUCUGUUGCCGCCUGAUAUAAAUUUAGGCGUGAAAAAGAGGAAACUGUGUGAUCCUUGUGAAGAAAGACUAGCUGAAGAUCCUAAAGGUGAUCUAACCAAUGAUGAAGAAGAUACUUUACAUGUUGAUGGCAAUCCUUUCGAUGAAAAUUCAGGAAGCGCUAACGCAUGUUCAAGUGCUGAAAAUGUUUUCCCUCUCUCACUAGUGAAGCUUACCCGGAGCGGCUUACUUCUCUUUGCAAUUCCUAGACACCUUUGUAUGCAAAAUGUUAACAUUCUAAUGGAUAUUUUCCGUUAUCUUGAUUCUGGAGAUCAAAAGCCACCCAUAUGGUGCCACCGUAUUCUUCCUUUUCAAGGAACUUGCAUGCUAAGGGAGAAGGACUUGGCCAUGGCUGUGAAAAGGUUUGUUGACCAGUACACGGGAAGUGAAGACCAUGUAACUGAAAGGCCUCUAAAGUUUGCAGUGGCUUUUAACCGGAGAGGUGUUGAAGGAACAGAAAUGAAGCAGAAAAGCUCAGCUCAUGAUUGUCAUGAAUCACCUUUAUUGGAUAGAAAUGAGUGUCUGCGAGUUGUUGCUAGUGCAGUGAAGGACACUGUACCAGAUUCAGUUGUGGAUCUAAAAUCUCCUCAGAUGGCCGUGCUCAUUGAAGUACUACCCAUUUCUGGAGUACCACCUUCGUCACUAGUUGUUGCAGUUGCGGUUCUUCCUCACUGCCUCAUGAAUGCAAAGCCAAGACUUAAUGUGAAGGCGCUGACUGCAGACCCGAAGGGCAUGAAAAGAAAGAGCUAGCAUUCAUGCGUCAUGAGAUCUUCGUGAACGAGGUGGUUAUUAACUACCUCCAACAAAUGUAACGCAUGGUUUACAUUUUCUCUUUGGCCAAAGUUCUUGGAUUCUAUGGGAGAAAGAAAAGAAUGAUAACCGGUAUAAAACAAGGUGUAUUCUCUAUUCAGCUGAAUGAAAAAUUUUGUGCUUUGGAUAGCUCUUCUUAUUCA